AUGACAACUGAACGCAGCAAAAUGACAACUGAACGCAGCAAGAGGACAACAGAACGCAGCAAAAUGACAACAGAACGCAGCAAGAGGACAACAGGAGGCAGCAAGAGGACAACAGAACGAAGAGCAAGACGAAGACCCCAGGAGGACGAAGACCCAGGAGGACGCAGCAGGACGAAGACCCAGGAGGACGCAGCAGGACGAAGACCCAGGUGGACGCAGCAGGACGAAGACCCAGGUGGACGCAGCAGGACGAAGACCCAGGUGGACGCAGCAGGACGAAGACCCAGGAGGAAGCAGCAGAACGAAGACCCAGGAGGACGCAGCAGGACGAAGACCCAGGAGGACGCAGCAGGACGAAGACCCAGGAGGACGCAGCAGAACGAAGACCCAGGAGGACGCAGCAGAACGAAGACCCAGGAGGACGCAGCAGGACGAGGACCCAGGAGGACGCAGCAGGACGAAGACCCAGGAUGA